AUGACAGGGAGCGGACAAGGUAGUCAGGGGUUUCGUGAGGGGAGGACAAGGAGUGGACAGGAUAUUCAGGGGAGGAGAGGGAAUAGAGAGGGGAGUGGACAUGGUAGUCAGAAACAGUUAGGAGGAGAGGGAGUGGACAUGGUAGUCAUAGACAAAGUCAGGGGACGACAGGAAGUGGCCAUGAUAGUAAGGGAAUUAGUCAGGGGACGAUGGGGAGUGGGCAUGAUAAAUUUUCAUCUUGGACUCUUGAUGUUGCGGGGACAGAGGAAUUGGGCGAGUUAUGAACUUCAGGCGAGUGCUAUAUCUAUUGCAGUAGACAACGCCAGAAAAGAUGGACAUUUCCUGAACCAUACCUUCACCGUGACGUCAGUGUUUGUUAACGACAUGUCACAAUCAGCAGGGGAGGUAGUGCGCAUGAUCACAGAAGACAAAAUCGAUCUUCUCCUCGGUCAUCCGUCCUCUAAACGUAAUCUUGGGCCUGCUUAUUUGACACCUUACUAUAAUAUGCCACAUGUUAGUUGGGAGGCUAAUGAUCCGACAUUUGGGAAUAAAAACGUUUUUAAGACCUUUGUGCGACUAUCUGCAACGUUUAAUAAAGUUGGACUCGCCACAGCAGCACUAUUCACUGAAUUCAAAUGGAAUGUAACUGCAAUAUUCAUACAGACAUCAUACGCUCUCUGCUUGCAUGCGAUGAAUGGUUUUCUAUCAAAGGUGUCUGGACAAAAGAUUACCGUGGCUUCCUACCAAACGUUUACAGAGGACCCGACAUACAACGAGAUUGAUAAAUAUCUACAAGUUAUUAAAAAGACAGCAAGAAUUGUGUUUAUGUGUGCACGGAAUAACAAUUUCCGUCGAAUAAUGAUACGAGCUCACUACACUGGCAUGACAAACGGAGACUACGUCUUUAUUGAUCCAAAUUUCAAAGCAAACGACGACCAAUACCAGUACAGAGCAUGGUACAAUAAUGACUCCGAUGACGUUAUAUCACGUGAUGCAUUUCGUCAUGUUAUCCACUUGACAGCAGCCCGAUGGUUUGACGAUGCCAGCAAGGAGCGUCACUUAGAACUAUUGAGAAUGAUUCCACAGAGAAUGGCAAAGCCUCCGUGGAAUGAUUCUACUGCGAUUGAUGAAGGAUUAUCUCCUUCCCAAUCUUCUUCAACGUUACAUGACUCUAUGUAUUUAGCUGUACUUUGGUGGGAGCAUUGUUACAAGAACAAUUUGGACCACAAGGACGGAACCAAGUUUUUCCAGUUCACAAAUAAUGUAACUUAUAAUGGCACUAGUGGUAAAAUAUAUUUUGACGGUAAUGGAGAUAAACAGCCUGUGUUCUGGGUGGAGGAUAUGAAGAACGAAAGCGACGAGGCUAGGAUAUUUGCAAUUGUUGAAACAGGCUCCGAGAUUGUAAGUAUUUGGCAAGAUAAAUCUACUCUGUGGUUGACCAAAGAUGGAGAGGCACCACCAAGUACGCCACCAUAUCAGACCACAAACAUUAUCAUCACCCUCGUAGCGUUCGUCAUCCUACUCAUCGCUGUCAGCAUUACAGUAUUGUAUAUCAGAAAGAAGAAAUACGACAUGAAGAUUUUCCAGAUGACUUGGAAAAUUAAUUUUAAAGAUAUCAGUAGUAAAAGGAACAAACGUGGAAUUGGAAGUCAG